GAGGAGUUUUGGUAAGAACCUGGCACUAGUCUCUAAUUGGCGGAAAAGUCACCUCACAAUCGACUGAGCACGGUUUGACUAGCUGACGUGAACGACGUAAAUUUGUUCAUCGAAAGAUUUAUACCAUACGUAGAUAGUUGUGAUUUCUCUUGAUUUUACAAUGUUCGGUCUUCAGUGUGUUAGUUCUUUAAGAGGCGCAUUCGCCAGAAGCAAGAAAUGCCUUCCUGCUGUUCAAAAUGCUGUUGAAAAGAUGUCGACGAGUUCUGAUCCCAAAGAUCCAUCUUUCACUCAAAUGUGUGAGGGCUUCUUUGAGAAUGCGAGAGUAUACGUGGAACACAGGUUAUUAACCAAGCCUGAUCCACCAGGUUAUCGUCCAGAAAAGUUUGAAGACAAGCAACACAGGAUAAAAGGUAACAGCUCUCUUGAAUUACCACCAUCGGCUGAGACUCGUCUUUCAACAAAAUUAGAUUAAGUCGCUCGACGGAACAUUUCAGUGUUAUUGUAUGGGAGGUUUAAAUCAAUCGCCAUUCGCGUGAACUGUACGAUCGUCCAGGGUUAAAUCGAUUUGUUUUUUGUUGCUCAUCUGAACCACAGCUUGGCGAGACUGGUGGAUAAUUGUCGGUAGAUCUUUACCAGCUCGUGAAAUGUGACCUCAGCCCCCAUGAACUCUUACUUUCACAUUUGACAUUCGCACGUAAUUUUGAAAAAUUUUAGACUAGAGAGUGAGGCAUCAAGUUUUGAAGUCUAAUUUCAGUAUUUUAAGCUUAGAUCCGAUAAACGAAAUUCUUAUACUUCAGCUAAAAUUAAUAUUCAACCGGUUCUCGAAGCUUUUGUGACAUUGCAUUCACGCCCCCGACCAUCCUCCGUUUUCUCCAAAUAUGGGCAUGCUGUUGUGUUCGAAUCAUGAUGGUUUAAGCAAAACUUUUGUGUUGAUAAAAAAUAGUGAUUUCACCAUGAUUAUAGUGUUAUAGCCUUAAAUAAAUGAACAGUCACAUUCAGUAAGUGAUUUGAAAUACUUUGGUGUGUGCUCUCCCAAAUGAGCUUGAUGUCUUCCAGCUGAUUAUAUUACUACUAAUGUCAAAACUUGAAAAAAAAAAACACUGGUAAAAUUUCCACACAGCCCCAUACUAAAUUAUGUAUUCAGUUCUUGGAUAGAGAAAACAAUGACAAAAACAAUACAUUGCUACUGGGAAAACAGAUUUGUUUUACAAUAGUAUGGGGCUGUGUGGAAAUUUUACCAAAAAAUACUUGACAGCUUAAGAAUAAAGAAUAAUGACUUUAUUGGAUAAUACAAUUACUGGUAAAACCAGUAGUUCUCAUUGUGGUCCUCUAAAACUUCAAAUUCAAAUAGCAAAAAUAUGAAGUAAAAAUACAGUUAAAAAUCAAAAAUUAAUUAAAGAUUUCUGCUUAUAGUAAAAUUAUCAACUCUGGAGUUCUGAUCUAUAUAUUUCUUGUAUAGUUGAUUUUUAAAUUUACAAAAGGAAGUGAGACUCCUAGUGGCACUGUCUUGGUUGUUCCAUAAUCUAGUGCCACUUGCAAGGAAUGAACGUUUGCCAGUCAUAGUGCUAAAGAAAGGUGUGGAUAAGUCCAUAUUAGUUGAUGCCCGAGUUGUGCAACAAUGUCUAUUUUUAACAUAACAAAUAUAAUGAUUAAAGUAAUCAGGACAUUUCCCAUAGAUAAUUUUAUGCAUAAUACACAAUUUCCUUUGCUCUAUUAUGUCACUAAUGGGAAUCCAACCUAAUCUCUUCAAAAGGCCAACUGAUCUUUCAGUGCUUGCAUUUAAAAUUACUCUGGCACAACAUUUUUGAAUUAUAGGGAGCCUUUGUAAAUUAUCAAUCCUAGUGUUUCCCCACACUGAACAACAAUAUUCAAAGAUUGGUGUAAUCAAAGCAUUGUAUAGCUAAUUCCUAAGUGAUAAAUUCAGGUACUUUCUGGCUCUUUUAAGAAGAUUUUACCCUAGAAUUUAAUUUAGUGAUCAUGUAAUCUAUAUGGCUAUUUCAAUUAAGAUGCUUGUCUAUCUUCACACCAAGCAACUUUUUGUUUACGGCCUCUUUGAUUUCAGUGCCUCGCAACGAAAGGUUAAGGGAUGGGUUUGUGCAGUAGGAAAGUUUUUGCUUGGUUCCAAGAAGUAGCUGUUUUGUUUUCUUUGUGUUUGGGACCAUCUUGCUUAGCAAGAACCAGUGAUUCGCUUUGUUGAGAUUUCCCUGAAGUCCAUGUUGGAUAUGCAAAAGAUUAGAAUUAGCCAUCCAUAAUGUAGUGUCAUCGGCAUAAAUAUCCACAUUGCAAUCGGGUAUUGCAAGUGGAAGGUCAUUGAUAUGUAAAAAGAAAAGGAUGGGACCCAAAAUAGAACCUUGUGGGACGCCUCGAGUAAUUGGUAGUGCGUCAGACAAUGAUCCAUUGAUACAACAUCGCUGUGUUCGAUUGUGUAGGUAAGACUCAAACCACCGCAGAGAUGUAUUAUCAGUGUGGUACAUACUGAUUUUUGAUAAAAGUAAGCUGUGAUCUAUCAGAUCAAAAACUUUACUAAAGUCCAGCAGUACUGCGCCGAUGAUGUUUUGCACUUUUGGUGCAAUUGCCUCAGCUUGUUCUAAUUUUAAGCAGCAUUUGUUUCAGUCAAAUUAAUUCUACUUCAAGUGAGUUCCAGGUUGUUUUUCUUUUAGGGACACUAGAUGUUAUGAAGCCAUGUGCAGAUGUUCUUUCAGUAAUGUUUCCUAUCAGACGAGAUAAUGGUGCAUUUGAGCUUAUCCAGGGUUAUAGGGCACAGCACAGCCAUCACAGGACUCCAUGCAAAGGAGGUUGGUUGGCUUAUUUUCCAAAAUGAAAUAAUUUAAAAUAACAGUAUGAACAAACAUAUUUUUGCAUGCUAGACAGGGUUAUUACAGCAACUCUUUCCUUCCAGCUGGUUUUAGGCAGUUACUCUUUAUUGGAUCAGAAUCAGAAUGUGUAUACUUUAGAUGCUAUAAUAUCAGGAGUGUAAAAUUAAGACUAUGAUCUGAUUGUGCAGUUGAGAGAAGUUCUGAAAAGGACUCUUGUUGGUCACAGAGUCUGAUACGUAAACAAAAUGAGAGGAAGUAAAUUUCUGGAGUCAGUGCAUUUUACAGUUUAUGUGUUCCAAACACUUUUCUUUAUACACCUUAUACAUGGUCUUAUUUUCAAGCCAAAUACUCACUUGUGACCAAGCAUAAUGGCACUUGAUAUAUUUUCAAGUUUUUGUUGUUAACAUACUUGUCAGUUACAUAAGCUUUAUCAUCUGGAACAUCAAGGUAAUUUUUGGUUUUUUGAUGGUUAACCUAGCUUGCAUUUAGUGGUGCUGUUACCUGAAAUUUGGUGGUAAUUACUAUUGACAUAGUUGCUAUGGAUACCAGCUCAGUCUCAGCAAACCAUAUCUACUGUUGAAGUCCCUACUCAGCCACACAUGUCUUUGUUGUAGAUUUGUCAUUUCUAGAGAUGGAUACUGAUAAUGUUGUCAGUUCGUAUAGGUAAUCACAUGAUUUUGAGUGCAACUUGGAAUAAAUAAGCACGAGUAAAUUUUUUCAAAGGCAAACAAAAUUGCACGAGCCCAUAGGGCUCGUGCAAUUUGUGGUCUUUGAAAAAAUUAACAAGUGCUUGUUUAUUCCAAAUUGCACGAGUAAAAUCAUGUGAUUAAGUGUUAAUAAUAUACAUGGAAAAAUACAAGAUAGCUUAUCAAAAUUAAGCAUAAGCAAAGUGCGCGCAUCAAGUGCAAAAAUAAGUUAUUCAAACCUGCGUUCGGUCAAAACAACAACAUACGAUUAAAACAAUAUAUGUGAUGAUAUCUUCACAUCUUUAAGGCGCAAAAAAGUUCAGAGUCUGACUAAACAGUUCAAGGAAUUGUUCAGUAUGUGUCUGAAUCACUUUCAAUGAAAUGGAAUCGUCGUUUUCAAGGUUUAACCAUGUUUGUUUUUAAUUUUGGCGUUGGAUCGCUUGAGCAAAGUAUUAAGCUGGGUUGGUAAUUUUCAAUUUCCUUGGCAAUUCCCUUCUCUAAUCACCACUUUUUCCAAACCAACAACCAAAAAGCAGUGCUUUUUACAAUGUUUUCGUUGUUUGAGCUGUUUUUCAUCUGCAGUUGCGAAAGAAAACCUACUUAAAAUGCCAACCAUUGUUUUGCUUGCAAAUUUUCAAAUUUUCAAAUUUUGUUGUGAUGUCCAAGGCUCGCAUUUGAUUGGCUAUCUGUGAGUUUCUCUGAUUAUUGACCAAUCAGAAUGUCUGAUUUGUUACUUUUUUUUGCACUGAAUUAACCCUCUCCUGCACUGAAUUAACUCUCUUCUGCAUUGAAUUACCUGAAAACUGCAUUUAUCUUAACCAAUCAGAACUGAGAAAUUUUCCCAUGUAUAUUAUUAACCGAGAAACCUAGAAAACAGUAAAUACCAGAAAUAUUUCUUGAUGGGUAAAGAAAAACCAACUGAUGAGGUUCAAGAACUGGUGGCUGUACACAAUAAUGCUAUUAAAAUAGUUUGCAGUUUUGUGGCUCACUUUCAUGUCCAAUGUGGAAGCUAACAUUCUAGAUAUCUAUGUGCAUGGUUUUCUCAGAGUGACAUCUAUGUGUUAAAUUUUUUUUUCUCCAGGUAUUAGGUACAGUGAUGAUGUUGAUAUUGAUGAAGUACAGGCAUUGGCCACUCUUAUGACGUACAAAUGUGCAGUGGUAGAUGUUCCUUUUGGUGGUGCAAAGGGUGGCAUCAAAAUUAACCCUUCAAAAUACUCAGUAUGUUUCUUGUUAUACAUAGAUUUUUAUCUUUUCAUUGGUUUUCAUUCUUUGGUUUUGUUUUUAAGGCUUCUUUUGAGAUGUAACUCUUCUCUCCUUAACUUCACUGUUUGUUUUUUUUUUUGCUUUGUCUUUCUUUUAUAGCAACCUGAGCUGGAGAGGAUCACACGCCGAUUCACCGUGGAGCUUGCUAAAAAGAAUUUCAUUGGGCCUGGUCUUGAUGUUCCAGCCCCAGACAUGGGGACUGGGGAGAGAGAAAUGAGUUGGAUUGCUGACUCCUUUGAUAUGACUUUAGGUAAGUACAUGACAAUUUAAGCUCACUGCCCCCCUAUGUGAUUUGGUGGCCUAUCAGUAAAUGAGCUAGACUCUUCUACAAAAAAGUUUCAGGUUCAAACCCUGGCAAGGAUCAUUGUAUCCUAGAUGUUUUAAGACAAGAUCCUUUACUCUCACAGUCUCUCUCUCUACCUUGUAUAAAUAGGUGGGUAGCUAAUGAAAGCCAGAUGCCUUCCAGAGUAUUCAGAUAGAACCCAAAAGUUGUGACUCCUAAGUUAGCCCAAUUUUUUUUUGAAAGUAAUCAGAGCUGCUACUUUCAAACUGCAUGUUGGCAUAUUGGAAGUUUGUCAUAAGUCAAGCCCUUCAGAUGUUAAAGGGGACAGGCCAUGCUACUUUAUCAAACAUACACAUUUGUGAUGUACAUGUAUUAUUUUGAAUUGCAUUCAGGUUAUGGUAACAUGAAUGCAUAUGCUUGUGUCACUGGGAAACCAAUUCAUCUUGGAGGAAUUCAUGGAAGAGUGUCAGCCACAGGAAGGGUAAUAUGUUUUUUAUUCUUUCCGAUUUUCUUACUUUUGAAUUUAUUUUUCUGAUUUGUAAUAAAUUCAAUUAUGAGAAAUUAAUCUGUGACCUAAAUUCCAUUUUCAGGGUGUUUACCAUGGAAUAGAAAAUUUUAUAAGUUCAGGUAUAUUGCAUUAAAAGUUUGCAAAAAGUUUAUUUUUUAGCACAUUUGUAAUUAUGUUUAUAUAUAGCAAUUCUUAGACUUGGGCUCUUACAAGAGCUACAAGUACUUCUAGUAAUGAAAUGAGGAUUUUUUUUUGUGAUGUGUUUGUUGUAUGUUACAGUAAGCAUGUUAUUUUGUUCCAUUGUCUAAAAUAAAUAGUAUUCAAAGGACAGACUUCUACUAGCUCUGAUACUUUUACAAUGUCCAAAGGAUUAGAUCUUUGGACCAGGCUUUAGAUUAAGAAUUCUAGAAGUCUACUCUGUGUUUGAAUGUGUAAUCUACACAUGGAGGGCAGUGCCAAUUAUUGCAGUGAUCCAUAUUUAAUGGGUCAUCCAUGUGUGUCAGACUUAAGCUCAGGAGACUCACAUUUUGUUGUAAAUGAUCUUGCGACAAACAAUCACACUGGCUUGAUGUACACUAUUUUCAUUUUCCUACUCACUACUAGUUCCAAUCUUUCAAUCAAUCAACCCAAAUCACCUAUCAUAUUUCUGUACUUCUGUCAUGAAUCUAUCAACAAAUUCAAUGUAAUGCUUCACUCAAAUUCAUAGCAUCCCUUCUCAGGGUUCACCUAUCAUGUCACAGAUAAAGACCUUAAAGACUGGUUUUUAGGUUAUAGUGAUAGAGUUAGAGGAGAGUUGUUAUCAAAAGCUAUGAUCCAUUGAAUAUCAGGAUUUGUUCUAGCUCUUAACUAACAUUUUUUCUGCUCCAAUUGUGACUUUAACAUCAUGAUGAACUCUUAAAGGGUAGAAAAAUUGUCAAGGCAGCCUUAAGAGACUGGGUGGAUGGUACCUAUAUAUAGUACAAUUGAUGGGGGGAUGGUUUGAUACCCAACUAAGUUUGGAAGACAUUGACAUUGUGCUCUGUGACCAUGUUAGCUGGGUGUUCUGCACUCUAGUUGUACAGUAGUGUCAAGGUGCUGUCUAAGGGGAGUAAUAACACCACUCAAGCACUUCACAAAAAUUAACACAAAGGUUUAAGCUCUGAUCUCUUGACCCUUUUCACCCUAGCAUCAGUAUGGAUAUUCUCCAUACUGUUCUCUAUACAUUUCUUAAGGUGCUGAUAAGGGGAAUUUAUUUAACAAUCAAGAGAUUCUUUAGUUAGUAAAAUUUCCUUUAUUCUAGUAAUCUUCUUUGAUUAAGAGGCAAUAUUGUAAGGAGAAAUUAGAUGCUGGUCACUCUUAGGGGUCAAAGGGUUGAGCAUAAAAUAGUCAAAAGGAGGAAUGACACUAAAAUACAAAUGCACAUCAGCAAAGUUCAGUUCCCAUAGGGCCACAUGUACAAUGAUCUCAGUUGAUACAUGAAAACUACAAAUGUCUCUUCAGUUCCUCCCAUUCAUCCUUAGUCUUUUUUCUUUGAUUCUUUUGUGUUAGGUGUCAGGAAGCUAUGGCAUACACCCUGCAUAUCUGUAAGAAUAUUAAUUGGCAUGCAGGACUUAGAGAAAUCUGUACAGGCAAAGCAAAACAACUGAUAGUAAAAUAAUGUUAAUACUUUCUUCCUUUUUCAGAAAAAUAUGCUAAAUUGGUUGGCCUAGAACCUGGUCUUCGAGGGAAGACAUUCAUAGUUCAGGUAAUUAUUAAAAAGAAUGACCAUUGCUAAUACGAAACAUUGUCAGUCAUGUUGGAAAAAUGUUUGCUAUAUGUUCAUUGUUAAAAAAAGAGAGGAAAUGUAAAGUUGCUUUACAUAAUUUAAAGUUGCUUUUAAGUUGUCCUGGAAUAUUUGCAUUUCUUUGAUAACAAAACUGAUAUGGAGAAUAGAUAGCUAGGUGUUGGCUCAACCUGCAGGAGAUUUUCUGGAUUUCUCUGCCUUUCUAAGCAACCCUUCGAUAUUUUUUUAGGUUUGCCUUGACAGUUUAAUUACCAUUUACCAAGUUAUAUAGAGAGAGACUGUGACAAUAAAUUGUUUUAGUAUAUAUCACACACUUAGAUAAAUAGUGCUUUUCAUGUAUGCAUGCUGACUGGCCCAGCUGUAAAGAGAGGCACUGUGAGAAUAAAUUGUUUUAGAAUAUGCCACACACUCAGGUGAAUAGUAUUUUUUGUGAAUGCUGACUGGCCUAGUUAUAGAAAGAGGCACUGUGAGAAUAAAUUGUUUUAGAAUACACCACACACACAGGUGAAUAGUGCUUUUCAUACAUGCUGAUUGGCUGGUUGGGAAGUGAUUGGCAAGUAUACUAUUCACCUUUGAGCAGCUGAAGAGACAAAAUACAUCAACAAUUAAUUUCUGACCAUCUAUCGGUACAUUGACAGAAAUAAACUAAUUUUUAUGUGCUAAAACAAUGAUUCACCUCAGUAUUGGUGAAAGCGGUGAAAUUGUUAAUUACUUCAGAACAAAAAACACAAUAGCGUUGCCAGAGCUUGGAUGCAAAUCUUUUGACCUGAUGUUCAACACAACACCAACCAUUAGCCACUUUGUUUCCUCUACUGAUAAUGUAAGCAUGUUUUAAGUGGCAUAAGUGUAAACUAAAACAGUGGCCAGAUAGCAUUAAAGGUGCACUCUAAUUGGCUACUCAAACUCUGAAUAUCCUUUGCUAUUGACCUCAGAAUAUCCUUUGUUUUUGACUGUCAAGGAACUUGUGCAGGAUUUGUGCCCAAAAGGAUUGUAAUUGUUUGUUGUUGGAAUAAAGGAGUUAAAAUCAUCUUUUUGUGCUUUAUUAUCUCAUUGUUUAGUAAAUAUUAAAACAUUUAUUCACCUCAGUGUGGGUGGCUGGUGGUGAAUAUUUACCUCACUAUAUCGUGGCUUAGUAAAUAUCUAUAACCACCUCCACUUUGGUGAUGAAUUGUUAAAUAAGUUCAGUAAUUCAUGACUUCUUUUUAAUGUUUAUAGGGAUUUGGUAAUGUUGGUCUUCACACCUGUCGUUAUCUUCACCGUGCAGGAGCUAGAUGUAUUGGGAUCAUGGAGAGAGAUGGAAAUCUCUUCAAUGCAGAUGGAAUUGAUCCUAAAGAACUUGAGAACUACAAACUGGUACAGUGUGUAGCUUUUUACAUGCAGAGUUCUCUAUAGUGUCUUUUUUAUAAGUUUUAUUUUAAAAUGUCUUCAGCUUACAUUUGUUUAUUGUUUCCCUUUUUCUCCAGGACAACAAUGGCUCAGUUAAAGGAUUCCCAGGUGCAAAGGUUUGUGAAAUGCUGUGAAAAAAGUAACUGUCAGUAAUUUUCACCUUUAUGUAAGGUUUCGCCAAUUCGUCAUGGCUAAUUAACAUUUUUUGCUUAGGUUUACUAACUCAAGGAAAUGCUACUCUGUUGAUUCUGGUCAUCAAAGUCCUUCAAUAAGGAAUAGUGCAGUGAACUGUUAGGGAAAUAAAUUUGUAAUGAAGUUGCUCCUUCCUCCUAGAAUAUAAGCAAGUUGAAAUGUUAUAUGCUGGUUUACCUGAGACCUUCAGAAUGGAUUAAUGCUUUCGAGUUAACAUUCUGUUCACCUCUUUCUUAGUUGGAAAAAGCCUCAAAAACCUGGUGCAGUCAAUUGACAAAAUUAUUAAAUAAAUAAUUGUAGACAUUGAUUUUGAAAAAUAAUUACAAUCAUGCAAUGUUUCAGAUGACCGAGGAGAACCUUCUAGAAGCAGAAUGUGACAUAUUAGUUCCUGCAGCCAACGAAAAACAAAUCACCCUUAAAAAUGCCCACAAAAUCAAAGCAAAGGUACUCUGUUACUAGUAGUAUUUAUUUAAUGAUAUUUAAUUUUUGGGCUGUUAUUUGGUUGUUAGAUUUUCAAGCUUGGUUGCUCAUUAGUGAGAAAGGUUAUCCCAGUUUGUAAGGGAAUGGGAAUCUAUAAUAAUUCGUCAGGGUUUUCUGACACAUUUAGUGAUGUUAAUUUUCGGUUGACCUUUUAACUCUCAUGAGUGACAUUGACACAAUUACUCCUUACAAUAUCAAGAAGACAAGUGAUGAGUAUAAAGAAAAAUAUCAAUUAGUGGAUUAUUAGUGGAUCCAAUACGAAAUUCUCCAAACUAACGUAAGAAUUGUACGGUAGAUAGUAAGGAGAAUUACUAAUGAGAUCUUUGGAGUGAAAUGGUUGAUAUAAUUUGCUUUUUUACAACGCACAACAUAAAUGUUUCAAUCACUUAUAGAAUUCGUCCCACUCGAUCCAGAGUUUGCCAUGCUUACCGCUAGACCACCUUACUUCUCUUUGCAGUUGUUCGAUACGUUAAUUUUACUUCAUGCUAUCUCAAUCUUUCCUCUAAACAGAAUUGUAAUAAAGUUCGGGAAUAAGGCGCGAAGAAGAAGGAAGAAACACUCAACUGCGUCUCAUGUUUCUCCUUCGCUUCUUUCGUGCUCUAGCUGCUUCUUGCUUGCUUUACAACAGAACAGAACAUAGUAAAGACUUCUUUAUCUGUUUAAAGUAAUUACUAGUCAGACAACUUCACCUUUAUGUGAAUAGCGGAAAGUGAAGACCAUCAGUUAAGUCUUUUUUUUCUUGAUUACUCUACUUUGUGUUCUCAGGUUAUUGCUGAGGGGGCAAAUGGACCGACCACGCCUGAGGCAGAGAAAGUUCUAAUUGAAAAUAAAAAACUCGUUAUUCCAGUAAGUUUACAACGAAACAGCAAGUGCAAUCUGAAGUAAAUUUGGAUAUGAAGUUCUGACUUGUGUUUGUUUAUCGUAAUUAAUUUUUGCACCAGAGGCAUGGUUUGAGCUGAAAUGUUUUUUAUUGUGACCAUGUAGGACUUGUAUUUGAAUGCGGGAGGUGUGACGGUAUCCUAUUUUGAGUGGCUGAAGAACAUCAAUCAUGUCAGUUUUGGACGUUUGACUUGGAAAUACGAGAAGGAGGCAAAUUUUAAUCUCUUAGGUGAGCGUGUCUUUUCACUAAGAAUACAUUAAAGAUGGAUCUUUAUCAUUCAUUCUGUAUUUACUUAUUACUAUGAGUAUCAAGUUAUUUAAGAUAAUAUUGUGUUCGCCAUAUGAAAUAGUGAAAAAUGACUGAGAGCAUAAAUUGCAGUUUCCUUUCAACCUCGAACUCCCAUCACGACCAAUCUUACCUUUUUUUGAACUGCAUAACUUUUUUUUUUCUUCCUCUUUACUUCAUUAGCUACCAGAGACAGCUCACCUUCAUAGGCAUUUUUUUUGUGUUGAUAAACACUUUUGGUGACCUCUUUGUAUUGAAUGUCCCCAUAGAUACAAAUGUCUUGUACAAGUGCUGUUAUUUGAUAAUCUCUUAGUGUCUCUGAAUGUUUGUCUCUUCUUCGACAGGUAGCGUCCAAGAAAGCCUGUAUAAUCAUUUCAAGGAAGCCAUUCCAAUCAAACCGUCGGCUGAGUUCUUGCAAAAGAUCGCUGUGAGCAUUGCUUUCACUUUGCUAAUACGCACCACAGAGGUGGAUCUGGGGAAGGGUGCGCCAACUCGGCCGCCCUCCCUCCCCCCCCCUCACUGUGAUGACCAACGGCUUUUUUAUGUCACUAGUAUCCUGUAGUAAAAUUUGUUUGCGUCUCCCUGUCAGUUACGGCCGUCCUAAGUGGUGCACCCCUCUCCUUAGAAGAAUUCUGGAUCUUUCUCGGCACCCAGUGUAACUCGAUUGAGCAGUGCGACUUUUGAUACAUUUUUAGCGACUCAGAUGCCGCGCAACCCAAAUAAACCCCGCUUUUCUUGAUGUGAUGUUUAUUCGGACAAACCAACAAUCGAUAUUUUUACUCUCCCUUACGUUCCUUAUUUGGGGGAAGGUGCUUCAUUGAAGGCAGUGCCUUAUGGAGCAAACACGGUAACUAUAUGUAAUUUCGUUUGAAUUCCUAACUGUCUUGUAAACCCUGAGCUGCAAGAUUUGUACAUGAUCUUCCAAUAAGAUUUGUUUUCUCCCAAAAUGUAAUGUAGUCUUUUAAUUUUAAACUUUUGUAAUCUUCUAGGGCGCGAAUGAAAAAGAUAUUGUUCAUUCUGGAUUGGAGUUCACCAUGGAACGAUCAGCCAAGGUAUGUCGUCACUGAUUCGAGGUUUUCUUCACGAAAUCGUGUCCAUAUUUGUCCUUACCUUGGGUGCUGAGCCGUCAAAAAAUAGCCCACGUUUGAUAUUUCGAAAACUGCUUCGAGUACAUCACGUCAUAACAUAUUGGUAGCUUUCCUGGGAAAUUAAUAAUAAGUGUAAAACAAAUUUCCCUUUUGGUCCGGUAAUGAUAAGCAGUUAUUGGAUGAGGUUGAGCAUGACACUACACACUUAACGUAUGGUCCCUAGGGAAACAGUUAGUUUUGUUUUCCCGAGACUCCUGAUGUUUCUUGAGACGAAGUCGAGGGAAACAUCAGGACUCGCGGGAAAACAAAAGUAACUAAUUUCCCGAGGGACCAUACAUUAAGUGCUUUGUUAUAUAUUUAGACUUCCCUUAAACAAUCAUGUGCUGUUGUAUUCGGCGCGCGGGCACCAACUACGCAAUUGUAUCCCGGUCGGGAUACAUUUGAAUUUGACCAGGGGCACGUGACCAAGAAUCAACCAAUCACAGUUCUCGUUUUGUUGAGUGAAAGUCUACGUAUCAAAACCGAGGUCUGAGUCAUCUGCCGAAACCGAAGUCUAAAGCAGAUGAAACAAGCACGAGGGUUGAUAAUUCAUGAGAUUUUUCAAAAAUGUAUCAUAACGAUGAUGAUAACAUUAAUGGACCACUCACAUAAUGAAAAUUUAUAGGGCCAAUACGAACAAAUUGUAAAUAAGCUAAGAAAGCCGACCAGUUGGUUGUAUAAUAAGCGAGGCCAAGAAAUUGAACUCAGGGUAUCGAGAACAAAUCCAGUAAUUUUGGACUUUUCUUCGUUAAAAAGUGAAUUUAACUGUGAUUUUCUUUUCCUUUUAGCAAAUUAUGCACUGUGCUAGUGAGUACGAACUGGGUCUAGACAUAAGGACAGCUGCGUAUAUCGUGUCCAUGGAAAAAGUCUACAACACAUACACUGUGGCUGGUUUCACAUUUACAUAAUCCUUCUGAGAAAAUUGACCAGUGAUUAAUUCUAAGAUAAUUUCAUUUGGCUAAAUUUACAAAUGAGCUUUUCCAUGGAGGAUAUUUAUUGUAAAAGCAACUACUGCAGCGGUCAUGCGUCCAUGAUGAUUGUGUGUCUGUGUAAACUGGAUGAAAUGAAUGACAACGUUUUGUUGCCUUUUCUGAAUUUCGAAUCAUAUAGCAGUCGCGCUCUUUGGUCAUAGCUGCUCUUGAAACAACGACAUUUGACACAACUGUCGCACUUUUUAGGUCAUAGUUGUUUUUGAAACCGCGACAUUACGACAGAAAUAGACAGUAAAAUUAGAAAAUGCGAAAAUGUUCCAUCAAUAAAUAACGGAAAGCUCUUGUCACUUUUAAUGGGCUUGAUUCGUGACUCCUAAUUUCUGUGGGAUCUUCCUAGGGAACCUGUGAUCUUCUCUUUUCAUGAUCUUAUUUUGCCACAAUUUGAUGAGAACUUUAAGUUAAGAUUAUUUUACUGAGAAUUGAAAAAAAAAAGCGCUCGUUUUAACUAUUUGUCUGAUGUAUUUUUCGUACUCCAGUUUUCCCCGUUAAAAUUAAACUCGUCAUGGAGCGUGCUGCUUCUUGAUCGGUCCUUUUUGUAACCAUUUAGCUUUCAGUGCGCAGGGACGUAAAGAAAUUCAAAAGUCAAACAUCUUUCAUAGCGCGCAUUUCCUUUUGUACUAUUAUGAGUU